CGGCGCUCUCUCCGGCCAGUAAAACAUCUUCUAUAAAGGGGGAAACAGAGCUGCUUGUAGCUUAAACCCGAAAAAAUGUUGAGGCUUGGAUUGUUUCUUUCCGUUCUAUUGAUGUUACAGUCUAGGUGCUGCGCAAAUUCGGAUGAGAUUCAAGACGACGAGGAGUCGGAAGUCAUCACAAACAGUCAUGAAGUAGUCGACUCCUUUCCCAGAUCGUACAACGCCGCUCAGCAGUAUUAUCCUUAUUGGCGACAGUGGAAUUUCCCUUACUACCAGCCUCGAACUCCACAAAUUCCGUUUGGUGAUGGCGAGAGAUUGCCCCCUUUGGCCGAUCCUCGUUUCGUGUCCAACAGAUGCAAUCCAAUCCAAUCCUACACCUAUUCGACAACAACAUAUCCGUGUUACACUACCACCAGUUAUAUCACAUCAUUUUAUACCUUGACAUCAACAUCAACAACGACUAUUACUGUAACACCUACCUUAGUUUUGCGCGUCGCUGAAACUCCCAGCAGUGAUAAUCAUUCGGAUGAUUAUGACGCAAUCGACGCAACCACCGACUAUAUUUCUGACAUUAGUCCGACGACUCCUGUGCCAGAAUUUGCUUAAAUUAUUGAACGAUAUAAAACGCUGAGCUAGAGUAUAAUAAAUGUUUGGCUUCUUCAAGUAAUAAAGACUUUUAAAAUUG